AUGGCUGAAUUAGAACAACAAAAAUGCGCAAAUUGUAAAAAAAUGGGCAUGAUUCGAUGUGACGGAUGUACUGAUCGAUUUUGUUCGAUACAUUUCAAUGAACAUCGUCAUUAUUUAGAUACUUGUUUUGAACAAGUAUGUAUCGAUCGAGAUGCUUUAUAUGAACAAAUUAAUAUACUUAAUUCUAAAAUAUCUUCAAAUUAUCCACAAAUAACAAGUCUUAUUGAUGAAAUAACUCAAUGGGAAGAAGAUACUUUGGAAAUAGUUAGAAAAACAGCAGAACGUGCUCGACAACAGGUAAAUAAAUGUAUGAUUCCGGAUAAUACAGUUGUUGAAAUGGAAUUAAAAAAUCUAUCAAAAGAAUUACAAAGACGUAAAGAAGAAGACAACUAUUAUGAGCAAGAUAUUGAGAAAUUAAGUAAAAAACUCGGGCAAAUUCAAUCCGAUUUGAACGUUCAACCAAUUCCCACUCAUAUUCACAUAACGUCAAUUGAUUUUUCAACACUAAUUCAAGUUAUUACGGGAACGUCACUAAAAAAUAUUCUUCGAGAAGAAAAUCAAUUGUUUGUUGGUGGAACACUUUUAACAACAGAUCAUCAAACUCAAGUAAAUAAAUUUUACGGAAAUCAAAAUCAAAAAUGGCAACUAAUUUAUAAAAGUACGCAAAAUGUAUUUGAUUCAAAGAUUUGUCAUCAAUUAUGUGAUAAUCAAGGUCCAACAUUUACUAUCAUUCAAUCAUCAGAAGGAUAUUUAUUCGGUGGAUAUACAACAGUUAAUUGGAAUAGUCAAGGUAAACAUUGGGGAGUUGAUAAACAUGCAUUUCUAUUUACAUUAACUAAUCCACAUAAUAUUCCUCCUACUAAAUAUCCAAUACAUUCCGAAGGUACAAAUGCAAUUCUACCAUCCUUCGUUACUGGACCUAUUUUUGGAUUUUGGGAUAUUUGUAUAAAUUUACAAAAUCAUGAUCAACAUUCUAGUUUCAUUUCUUUUCCAUCACAUUAUAUUGAUUUAACAGGCAAAGGAAAUCAAACAUUUACUGGUUCAAACGGUCUUUCAUUUAUUGAUAUUGAAAUGUAUAGUCUGAAAUCUUUAUAA